ACCAUGUCGGAGUACAGCUCUUUGCUCAGUGACCUGUCUGAGAACAUCACCAAUGAGGACUUGGACCAACUGAAGUCUGCCUGCAAGGAGGACAUCACAGAGGACCAGAGCAACACCAUCACCUCCUCCAAGGAGUGGUUCAACUACCUGGAGGAGAAUGAAAAGCUGGCACAGGGUGAGGAGGGAGAAGUUUCCAGGUUUCCCAGAUCAACAUUUGGGAAGGGAAAGGAAGGGAGGGAGGGAGGGGAGGGAGGGAGGGAGGGAGGGAGGGAGGGAGGGAGGGAGGGAGGGAUGGUGGGAUGGAGGGAAGUGGAGAGUGAUUUCAUUACCUGGUGAAGAAUGACAAACUGGCACAAGGUGAGGGAGGGGGAGAGAGGGAGAGGAGGGGGAAGGAGGCUGCAAAUGAACACAGAUCUUGAAGGCACAAUGUUUAAGAAAAGUAACAAAUUAAAUCACGCUGCCAGAUUAUAGUAAUGUUUACAGUACUUUUGCACCUUAAAAAUGUUUCCCUCUUUACAGAUAACCUGUCGUACAUCGAGCACAUCUUUGAGAUCUCACGGCGACCAGACCUGCUGACCCGGGUCAUCGAGUACCGCACCACGGUUCUCAAGAUCUCUGAGGACGAUGAGAUCGACACCAAGCUCACACGCAUCCCCUCCGCCAAGAAAUACAAA